UGUGUUACUUCUGUAUGAUUGUAAAAUAACGCAAUUCUUAAUGCACUUUAUUUUGAUGAUCUGAUACAUACUUGUAUAAUGGAGCCAAAUAUGACAACAAAAACGACUCAGUUUAGUAGCACGUCAAUCAAAACUGUGUAAUGAGGUUAGGUUGAGAAUGCAGAGCUUUUCCACGUCAGUGUGUUUACUAAGAGCAGAUUGACAGCUGUUGGAAGGUGUAGAUUUUACUAACCUGUCGAGCUUUUUUUUUUUAAAGUGAAUGAAGAGGCGGUGUUUCGGAAUAUUUCGCUUUUACACAGUGGAGUGUCCGACAUUUUCGGUUUGUCUAAUUGUGGUAAAGAACUAAACUUUGGUCUUCUUCAUUGACUUGGCCGGCUAACCUGCUAGCUUACCAGGCAAGGCUAGCAUUAGCUACAGGAGGACUCCAUCUUUGAAACAGCCACGUACAGAAAAGCAACAUGGUGGACAAGAAUAUCUACAUUGUCCAGGGUGAAAUUAGCACUGUUGUUGGUGCUAUAAAGAGGAACUCCAGAUGGAAUACCCACACUCCACUGGACGAAGAACAGGACCCAUUACUCAACAGCUUUGGCAGUCUCAAGGACAUACUGAACAGCAUAAAAGAGCUGUCAGAUGUUGAACCCAACAUUUUCCUGAGGCCUUUCCUAGAAGUUGUGCGUUCUGAGGAUACCACAGGACCAAUCACAGGCCUCGCUCUUACCUCUGUCAACAAGUUCCUUUCUUACGGCCUUAUAGAUGCUAACCAUGAAGCAGUAGCAGAGGCCAUUGAGAACAUGGCGGACGCAGUCACACAUGCUAGAUUUGUAGGAACAGACCCUGCCAGUGAUGAAGUUGUCCUUAUGAAAAUUCUACAGGUUCUGAGGACUUUACUGCUGACACCAGUUGGAGCCCAUCUGACCAAUGAGUCUGUCUGUGAGAUCAUGCAAUCCUGCUUCAGGAUCUGCUUUGAGAUGCGCCUAAGUGAGCUCCUCAGGAAGUCAGCUGAACAUACACUGGUUGACAUGGUGCAGCUAUUAUUUUCCAGAUUACCCCAGUUCAAAGAGGAGGCCAAGAGUUUUGUCGGUGCUAAUAUGAAGAAGGCUUACAAUAUCUUGUGGAAAAACAAACGUGUGCAGUUGAAGAUGCGUGCCAGUGGAAUGAGUGAGUCAUCCAAAUGGAAGAAGCAGAAACGUUCACCAAGGCCACCUCACCACAUGGUCCGAAGUCCCUCCAGUCAAAUGGAACAAAGCCAGCCCAGCACCCUCAGCAACAACAGCCUCUCAGGUGGCGUUCCAUUCAUUGAACAGGGCUUGUCCCAUCCCAGCCUUCCAGUCUCCGACAGUGCUGCCUCAUCCAUUUCUAGCCCAACAGCCACAGACAGUGGCCUGGACACCUGUUCAAAAACUACUUCCAGGGAAGACCUUUCUGACCUGGAUCAGUGCAGCUCAUCUGCAACCACCCCUGGCACAGCCACAACACUCCCCGGGACUGAGUCUGGCUCUACUGAUGCACAGUUUGAGGGCCAGCAGGUUGAACCAGCCCAGUCAGCCUCAGUAGAGUCCAUCCCUGAGGUUCUGGAGGACAAAGACUCCAUUACAGAGCAGUCAGACAGUGCCUCUGUCCAUGAUAUGGACUACGUCAACCCCAGAGGAGUCCGUUUCACACAGUCCACACAAAGAGAUGGAGCAUCCCUCAUCCCAUAUGGCUUGCCGUGUCUAAGGGAGCUUUUUCGCUUUCUGAUUUCACUGACCAACCCUCAUGACCGCCACAACACUGAUGCCAUGAUGCACAUGGGCCUGCAGCUGCUGACUGUAGCACUUGAGUCAGCACACAUCCCUAACUACCAGUCUUUACUAGUGCUGGUCAAAGACGAGCUCUGUAGACAUCUCUUCCAACUGCUGAGUGUGGACCGUAUGAACCUGUAUGCUUCCUCUAUACGAGUUUGCUUCUUGCUUUUUGAAAGCAUGAGAGUGCACCUAAAGUUUCAACUAGAGAUGUACCUUAAGAAACUGAUGGAUAUCAUCACUUCAGAGAACAUUAAGAUGCCCUAUGAGAUGAAGGAGGUGGCUCUGGAGGCACUGGUCCAGUUAUGGAGGAUUCCCAGCUUUGUCACUGAGCUUUACAUUAACUAUGACUGUGACUUUUACUGCUCCAAUCUCUUUGAAGAUCUCACCAAGCUGCUGUCCAAGAAUGCAUUCCCAGUGUCGGGGCAGCUGUACACCACCCACCUCCUGUCACUGGAGGCCCUGCUUACAGUGAUUGACAGCACUGAAGCCCACUGCCAGGCCAAGGUGCUCAGUAGCACUGCUCAACAAGACCAGCCAGAGACUCUGUUGGAGGGAGAGGGCUCAGCCAAAAAUGGAACAAAUUCUACAUCUGAGAUUAAUAGACUGGGCAGUACGGAUGGUUUGAGUCCUUCACAACCUGAAAAGGCGCCAAUGUAUCCUCCAACCAGUGGAUAUCUGAUGGCCGAGAAAAUGAGACUGGGCAGACAGGAUCACGGAGAUAAUGAUUCUUGUGAAAAGAGACUUCUGAAAAAGCCUCAGCGUUUCUCAUCAUAUUUACCCGAUUCACAGGAGUUAAUGGAAAUUAGAACAAAGAAAAAGCUGCUGAUCACAGGCACAGAGCAAUUUAACCAGAAACCCAAGAAAGGAAUCCAGUUCCUGCAGGAAAAAGGCCUCCUCAGUGACCCUAUGGACAACAACCAGGUGGCCCAGUGGCUCAGAGAAAACCCCCGACUGGACAAAAAAAUGAUCGGCGAGUACAUCAGCGAUCGCAAGAACACAGAACUCCUGGACAGCUUUGUAAACACAUUCGCCUUCCAGGGGCUUCGUAUUGACGAAGCUCUGCGGCUUUACUUGGAGGCCUUUAGAUUGCCUGGAGAAGCUCCUGUUAUUCAGAGACUUCUGGAAACUUUCACAGACAACUGGCAUAAAGUAAAUGGCUCUCCUUUCAUGAGCAACGAUGCAGGCUUCUCCCUGGCCUACGCUGUUAUAAUGCUGAACACUGACCAGCAUAACCACAAUGUCCGCAAGCAGAAUAUUCCCAUGACUGUAGAGCAAUUCAAGAAAAAUCUGAAGGGAGUAAAUGGAAACAAAGACUUUGACCAGGACAUGUUGGAGGAUAUCUAUAAUGCUAUCAAGAAUGAGGAGAUUGUGAUGCCAGAUGAGCAAACGGGUUUAGUGAAGGAGAACUACGUAUGGAGUGUCUUACUGCACCGUGGCGCAUCGCCAGAGGGCAUUUUUCUCUACCUGCCGUCCGGCAGCUACGACCAUGACUUGUUCACCAUGACUUGGGGUCCCACUAUUGCUGCCCUCUCUUAUGUCUUUGACAAGAGCCUGGAUGACGUCAUCAUCCAGAAGGCCAUCACUGGCUUCAGGAAAUGUGCAAUGAUUGCAGCUCACUAUGGCUUCAGCGACGUAUUUGACAAUUUGAUCAUCUCACUCUGCAAGUUCACCACUCUAAGCAGUGAGGCUGUGGAAAAUCUUCCAACUGUGUUUGGCAGUAACAGUAAGGCACAGACCGCAGCCAAGACGGUGUUUGACCUCGCUCAUCGGCAUGGCAACAUCUUGAGAGAGGGCUGGAAGAACAUCAUGGACUCCAUGCUGCAGCUGUUCAGGGCUGAGCUCCUGCCCAAAGCCAUGGUUGAGGUAGAGGAUUUUGUGGAGCCAAAUGGGAAGAUUUCUCUUCAAAGAGAGGAAAUGCCUUCAAAUCGUGGCGAGUCAGCAGUAUUAAGUUUUGUCAACUGGCUGACACUUAGUGGAGCUGAGCAAUCAGGACUCAGAGGACCAUCCACAGAAAACCAGGAAGCCAAACAGGCUGCCAUCCACUGUAUAAAGCAAUGUGACCCUGAAAAACUGAUCACAGAGAGUAAGUUCCUGCAGCUGGAGUCUCUACAGGAGCUCAUGAAGGCUCUGAUAUCAGUCACCCCAGAUGAAGAGACAUAUGAUGAAGAGGAUGCUGCCUUCUGCUUGGAGAUGCUGCUGCGUAUCGUUCUGGAGAACCGAGACCGUGUAUCCUGUGUGUGGCAGACAGUGCGUGACCACCUCUGCCACCUCUGUGUUCAUGCUAAUGAGAGCUGCUUCCUGGUGGAGAGGGCUGUAGUGGGACUCCUUCGACUUGCAAUUCGCCUGCUACGACGAGAAGACAUUAGCUCACAGGUUCUUCUCUCCCUGCGUCUCUUACUGAUGAUGAAACCUCACGUCUUUUCCCGGGUCAGCAGGGAACUGGCUUAUGGCCUUCAUGAACUACUGAAAACUAAUGCAGCCAACAUCCACUGUACAGAUGACUGGUACACACUCUUCUCAUUACUGGAGUGCAUUGGAGCUGGAGUUAAACCUCCCAUCUCCUUCCAGCUCACCUCCACCACCAGUGACAACGACACAGGUGCCCAGUCAGAUAGUGAGCUGUCAUCUCAUCAUCCUAGUGAAGUGAGCUUAGAUCGUGGCUACACAUCUGAUUCAGAGGUCUAUACUGAACACAGCAAGACCCGGAUCCCUCGCUCUGCAACUGAUGUGGAUGUAGUUGGGAAAGAUGACCUUGAGAUGAGUAAGACCCCUGUAGUAGGGUCAAAACCUCAGCUGAAUCACCCAUUGGUCAACCAGUACAGUCUGACACUGGGUCAGGACCUGGGCCAGCAUGACACAAAGUCUCUGAUCAAGUGUGUGGAAACACUCUCUUUCAUUGUCCGAGAUGCCGCUCAUGUCACCCCUGACAACUUUGAACUGUGUGUUAGAGCAAUACGAGUGUUCGUGGAGGCCAGCCUCAAUGGAGGUUACCGCAACCACGAUAAGAAGAAGAGCCAUAAGUAUGACCCCUCCAAGUCCCGAAUGAGGAAGAAGGCGGGCGGGAGGGAAAAAGACAGCGGAGGCAGCACGAGGCGAGGCAGCAGCAGAGCAUCCAGCCAGCGUCCAUUCCGUUCCCACAGUGAUGACGAGGAGGAUGAGGGUGUCCCAGCCAGUUACCACACGGUGUCAUUACAGGUUAGUCAGGACCUCUUAGACCUAAUGCACACCCUGCACACCCGGGCUGCCAGCAUCUACAGCUCCUGGGCAGAAGAGCAGCGCCAUCUGGAGGCUUCAGGCAGGAAAAUUGAGGCUGAUUCACAGACACUGUGGACCAGCUGCUGGUGCCCCCUACUGCAAGGAAUUGCUUGGUUGUGCUGUGAUGCCAGGCGACAGGUUCGUAUGCAGGCCCUCACCUACCUCCAGAGGGCACUGCUUGUUCAUGAUCUGCAGACACUUGAUGCAGCUGAAUGGGAGUCCUGCUUCAACAAGGUGCUUUUCCCCUUGCUGACUAAGCUGCUUGACAAUAUUAGCCCAGCAGAUGUUGGUGGUAUGGAGGAGACCAGAAUGAGAGCCUGCACACUGCUGUCAAAGGUUUUCCUCCAGCACCUCUCUCCACUGCUGUCCCUGCCUACCUUUGCUGCCCUCUGGCUCACCAUUUUGGAUUUCAUGGACAAGUACAUGCAUGCAGGAUCCAGUGACUUACUGUUAGAGGCCAUUCCUGAGUCUUUGAAGAACAUGCUACUGGUUAUGGACACAGCAGGGAUCUUCCACAGCACUGACUCCAGGACAGGAUACUCAGACCUGUGGGAAAUAACCUGGGAACGAAUCGUCUGCUUCCUGCCUCACCUGAGGGAGGAGCUCUUCAAACAGGCUGUUAUACCAGAUCCAGUACCCGGUCCUCCAGCAGAGUCUGUGCAGCCAACAACCUUAGCAGGCCGGCCUUCAUCACCUCAGGUGUCUCCACCUCCCAUCCAACCGCCUUCCCCAGGCCUAGUAAACUCUACAGAGGCACAAACCACCAGCAGGCCAGCCUCACCUCUGGAGCCUCCACCAGUCAGUGCCAAUGGAUCAGGCCGAUCGUCUCCGGCCCCCACCUCCAUUCCUCCCAUGCCAGUGCCAUUAACCACCUCUCCUGCCCAGGCUGCCUCACCCUUAGGCCAGUCCCCCCUCAUCCUGCAGCCCCUUGCCUCUCCCUUGCAGGUGGGAGUCCCACCCAUGUCCCUGCCAAUCAUUCUUAACCCUGCCCUCAUAGAGGCCACAUCUCCUGUACCACUGCUUCCUAGUCCCAGACCGACAACUCCAUCUGACGAGGUCCAGUAAGAUGACUCUAGCUGCACCCCCAACUGUACUGUUCUCUCCUUAACAAUUGGACCCAACUUGAAGAGCUGCAGCUUAAGACAUUUCUGACAUGAUGUUGUGGAUAAAUAGUGCCACAUUUGAUUUAAAGGAAUUUAAAGAAGAAUCUCCCAGAACAGGUGACAGUGGAAAAAACACGUUACUGGAGCACCUCGUAUCCUUUGUGCCAUGUUUGUGUUUAUGUUCUAGUACCAGUGGAUGAAUGACUACAGUGGAAACCAUGUGACACCAACAUAAAUUCAGCACUAAAGCCUAACGAGUCGAUGUCCGGUUGAGUGUGUGUUUAGAAAUGGAAACCACAACAAGACCAGUUUUCCUGUCCUCAGGAGGAGAUAUUAAGUUGACCAGAUAUGGUUUACUGUUUCCAGCACUUUUUAACUCAAUGUGUCAUUUAUAUUUUAAAUCAGUACAAUUUAAAGAAACCAAAAAUCAUAGAAUGAACUUAUCCCCACCAGAUUUAUUAUUAGAAACUUGAAAAGUCGGGUGUUUUUUUUUUUUUUUUUACUAUCAUAUUCCUUUAAACAGACCAACCCAACAAUGUGUUAGUUCUUCUCUUUAAACUAGGUUCAGACAAGCAGUAAACAUGUGUUUGGGACAGUUUAUAAGGCUGCAUUAAUCCACUUUUGUAGCUCUAGUGAUUAUUGAGGUCAGCAGGAAAGUGUAUUUGGGAUUGAGUCACACGGUGUCUGAGUUCACAGUAAAACAAGAACAUGUUAACUGGUAUAACUGUGGUUCACUCAUUUGUUUUAAUAGUUUUUACCUAAGAAUGGAUGUAUGGUACAGACAAGUGAAAUUACACAUAUUGUAGUGCUUAUUCAGUAGCAGACAGUGUGUUGUUUGGCUCUGGAUAUCAAUAAAUAUCUUCCUCCUGUAAGUAGUUCCUGAGUAAGUCAGUAGUUCAUGGCCUUUUUACCCACUACCUUCUAGUAAUGUCUUCAGGAUUAGCCUGAUGUUGGUCAUGAUGAACAGAUGGGGACAUUUCAUCUAGAUUGAGCAGUUAAUUUCUUUCAGAGGAGAAGAAGCACCUGCAGAACCCACCCCCACUUGAAGGGCAUUUACAGUAGCUUAAUCUGACCAGGCUGACCUCAUGGCUUUACUCAUAUGCCUGAGCUUCAUAUUAAACUAGAGAUAAGUAGGAACAGCGAAAAGCCACACAGUCAGUUGCUGGGAUUAUAUGAUCUGCAUGUUGUUGUUUUUAUGGGAUUCCCAGAACUUUGAUUACACUUGUUACAGAACGUGUGACAGCAUGGUUACAUCAGCCUCUGUUAUCCCACCACGGAGGGGGUCAGAGUCAGCUUCAUAACUGUACAGAAAAAUUACUUCAUAGAGCUGUGAGUUUUGGUUCAGGGUGGCCCAGUUCUGUACCUCAUUCAUCCAUUUUUGCCCCAAACUUGCACUGACUCUGCUAAGCAGACAGAUCAUGUGCACAUAAAGCCUUCUCAGACAGUGCAGAUGUUGCAACAUUCCAAAGUAUAGAUAACUGAGUUUGCAGUGAGUGCGCUCCACACAGUUACUCCUGUUCAUGACAAGUCAUUUUAAGAACCAAGUUCUGAUGUCAUGUGAUCAUAUUGGCACAGCUCACUGCAGACGACAGCACGCACGGAACCUGAGAGGAGCUCUUUAUCAUAUUUAUCACUAUUUGUUCAAAUUGAACCAAUAUUUAGAUGUUUGGUUUAGAGCACACACACACACACACACACCUACCUACUGAUAAUUUAAACCAAAUUUAUAUUAGAAAAAAAAAUAAACAUGUCCAGCACGUCUUUUAGGCUCCUGUUCAGACUCCUGGUCACACAUUAGUGGCAUGUCCUGCUCUCCCCACAUUGGUCCUGUCACUUCACUUUUCACCAGGCUUGAAACUUUGAUUUGGGAUUUGAUUGACUGGAACAAGACAUCCAAACUUAAAUCCAAGGUUCCACCAACAUACCAGAGAGGAAUUCUAACCAAGUAAUAUAGACAGAUGGUGUUCAGAGUACAUUUCCACAGCACAUACUCAGUUUCAGUCAGCUGCUCCACUUUGCUUCUAUAGGUGACAUUCUUCCAUGCUGAUUGUGCCAGUCUGACACACUGACUAAAUGACCAUCUGAUGUCAAACUGACUGGAAGCCUGAGCACCAUUCACAGCGGUCCUGGGAGUCUCACUAAUGUUUUGUGUUAUUUAUUGAAGCAGGAGAGGGAAGGUGGAUUUUACUGCUGCAGUACAGAUGGCAUAGAUGGUGUGUGUGUGUGUGUGUAUCAGUCAGGUAACACUACAGCCUUAUAGAGCCACCAACAUGUAAGCUGAGUGUUUAUUUGUUGUAUGGCAUCUUAGAUUUAUCAGGAGUUGAUUGUGGCUUGAACAGGAAAUUCCGUGAAUAUAAUGUGUAAUGUAUAUAAAUGAAAGGUAAUGUACUUUUUAUUAUGUAAUAAAUAUGUUGUAAGAAA